AUGUGUUCCCCUGAAAUUAGUGAACGUGUUGCAAAUACCCGUAUAUUCUUGCAAAACACACCUCUUUCUUCAAGAACACACCCAUUUGUGGUAGAUUGGCCAGUGGAUCGCACAACAGAAUACAGGAAAAAUUCAUUCUUCAGCCACAAUCUCUAUUCCGCCGCCAAAAAAAAUCAAAUGGACAUAGCUCAAUCAUUGUUGCAACAUGGUGCAGACGUUAAUGUACGCAGUAAAUCCGGGUUUUCACCUUUGCAUUUGGCCGCACAAGAGGGCCACAUUGAAAUGGUGCAAUUGUUACUGGAGCAUGGAGUGGACGCAAAUGUUGCAGCUAAAAAUGGUUUAACACCUCUGCAUCUGGCCGCUCAAGAAGACAAGACGGAAGUGGCACGUUUGCUCUUACAACAUAACGCCAACAUAUCUGAGCGUACAAAAACUGGUUACUCUCCAUUGCACUUUGCCGCCCAUUAUGGUCAAAUCAAUAUGGUCAAAUUUCUAUUGGAAAAUGAUGCCAAUAUAGAAAUGUCAACUAAUGUCGGCUACACACCGUUGCACCAAGCAGCUCAACAGGGCCAUACCAUGAUUAUCAAUUUGCUAUUACGACACAAAGCUAAUCCUAAUGCUGUUACAAAUAACGGCCAAACCGCAUUAAGCAUUGCAAAUAGUUUGGGUUACGUUACGGCAGUGGAAACUCUAAAAGUUGUUACUGAAACAUCAAUCACCAACAGUUUGACGGGUGUGUUGGAGGAAAAAAAAUAUAAAGUUGUUGCUCCGGAGUUAAUGCACGAAGCUUUUCUCUCUGAUUCCGAAGACGAAGGUGGCGACGAGCAUCUAGAUCAUCAUCAAUAUAAAUACAUGGCUACCGAUGAUUUAAAAGCCUCAAAUGAACAGGAUCAUCAAAACUAUGAUACUACCAUUACCACGGAACAGGAUCAUGUAGAUAAUGCUAGUUAUCCUACGAGGGAUUUAAAUAAAGGAGAAGUCAAUGAAUGCAUUCAAGCUUCUCAACAAUUUGCUCUUAAAUCCGAUAAUGUGGCUAUUACAAAGCCACCCGUGCAUUUAGGAUUCUUAGUUUCAUUUAUGGUCGAUGCUCGUGGUGGUUCCAUGCGCGGUUGUCGUCAUAGUGGUGUACGUAUUAUUGUACCUCCAAAAUCCUGCGCCCAGCCUACACGUAUUACAUGUCGCUAUGUAAAACCAAACCGUGUCCAUUAUCCACCCCCACUAAUGGAGGGCGAGGCCCUGAUUAGUAGAAUUUUAGAACUCUCACCUGUGGAGGCAAAAUUUUUGGGGCCAGUGAUAUUAGAAGUUCCACAUUUUGGAUCCCUGCGUGACAAAGAACGUGAAAUUAUAAUCUUGCGCUCCGAUAAUGGUGAAAGCUGGCGAGAACACACUCUCUAUGAAAAGGAAGAGUCGGUACUCGAGGUACUUCAAGAGACAAUGGAAGCAGAGUUGAGUCCUUUAGAGGACUUGCGCACAAAUCGGAUCAUUCGUAUAGUAACGCGAAAUUUUCCACACUUCUUUGCUGUAGUAUCUCGUAUACGGCAGGAGGUACAUGCUAUUGGUUCUGAUGGUGGUACUGUAUCAUCACAAGCCGUUCCUCAGGUUCAGGCAAUAUUUCCGCCAAAUGCAUUGACGAAGAAAAUUCGAGUCGGUCUUCAGGCACAGCCAGUUGACUUGAACGGUUGCUGCAAAUUGCUUGGCCAAGGUGUGGCUGUGUCACCAGUUGUGACGGUUGAACCGCGUCGCCGUAAGUUCCAUAAAGCUAUCACACUUAGCAUACCGGCACCGAAAGCUUGUACCCAAGGUAUGGUGAAUUCACCCUACACUGGUAACGCUCCUACAUUACGUCUGCUAUGCUCCAUUACUGGAGGACAGAAUCGGGCAAUUUGGGAAGAUGUUACCGGUUCAACGCCUCUAGCAUUUGUAAAGGACAGCGUGACAUUUACCACCACUGUUUCAGCUCGCUUCUGGCUGAUGGAUUGUCGCAAUAUCGCCGAAGCCAGUCGUAUGGCCUCGGAACUUUACUCUUAUAUGGCCCUAGUACCAUUCCGAGCCAAAUUUGUUGUGUUUGCCAAACGCAUUUCUCCAAAUGAAGCUAAACUUUCAAUAUUUUGUAUGACCGACGACAAGGAGGAUAAAACUUUAGAGCACCAAGACAACUUCACAGAAGUGGCAAAAAGUCGUGAUGUUGAAGUUUUGGAGGAUCAGGAUAUUUUUUUGGAAUUUGGAGGUAACCUUGUACCUGUACUCAAAACUGGUGAACAACUCAGUCUUAAGUUCCAAGCCUUCCGCGAAAAUCGACUUUCCUUUAUGGUGCAUGUUAAAAAUCCUGACGAAUCGUUCGCUCGCAUAAGCUUUAUGAAUGAACCUAAAUCCGGACAUGGUGAAGCUCCAAAACAACCAAUUUGCACACUUAACAUUUCUCUACAGGACUCUGGAGUUGACUUGGGUUCGAAUAAAGAAAACGUUGCUGCUGGUAGCCAGCGUAGCAUCAACAGUAUUAACUUUGUAGACCGGGGUCUCAAUCAGCGGGAUCAAAUCAAUGCAGAAUACAAGAAAAAGAACCAUGAACGUGAAAUUCAACAGCAGAACGGCGAAUCGCAAACAAUCGUAAAUGAAACAAUUCAUAAGGCUGACAUUCAUCUGUCGCAUAUAUGUCAAUUGCUAGAGGACGACUGGAUGCCAUUGGCCAAAGAAUUGGGUGUACCCGAGACCGACAUCGAGCUAAUCAAUGCUGAGUAUGCGGACAAGAGUCAAAAUCAGCGUGCAAUGGUCAUGUUACGUCUGUGGUUGCGUCUACAAGGCAACGAUGCCACUGGGAAUAAAUUACAGCAGGCUCUUAAAAAGAUUCGACGUGACGACAUCGUCAAUAUAUGCAUUGAUAAUGUUGAGCCCGUAACCGACGAUAUAGAAAGAACAAAAGCUGAAAAACAACUAUUUCAGGACGGACUCGAAGGCAUCACUGAUUUUAUCAAUGAAGUUGCAUUAACGGCCCAACCAACAAGCAAAGCUGCCGCUGUUGAAGUUACAGAAACACCAAUAAUUAAAGAAAAAAUUGUUAAGAAAACAUUAACGACUAUUCUUCCAAAUGAUGAAACAAACGAACUACAACAACAGCAAUUAAUACAUGAACAAAUAGAUGAAGUAAAGAAUGAAACACCUCCUAAAACUGAUAUUGUCAGCGAUAUGAAUUUAACAAGUGAAGGUGACAAAGAUGCGGUACAGCAAAUUAGAGAGUAUGACAUCGAUACAAUUAGAAGAAUAGCCGAGGAACACACUAUUCAAGUGCUAGAAGAAGCCCAACAAAAUGUUAAUAAUAAUGAUAUGUUGCAAAAACUUCAAGCCAAAAUACCAGAAAGUGAUAAUCUACUUUCCGAUAGUAAACAGACUUGUGUCGUCAUGAAAACAAGUGAUGAUGGCAAUACUUUUACAACAACCACCUCGACAGUGGAAAAAUCCAAGUGUGACCCCAUAGAAAUUUCACGCAAGAAUGAUGAGCAACCGAUAUUUUCGCAUCCUGAAGACCAAUUACUGGCUGCAAGUGUAGACGCUGUACGAACUGGAAACAAUAUUAUUUCCAUUACACAGUCACUUUUAAGCGAAGAAACUGGCAAUGGUAUAAAUAGUGAACUUGAGCAAGAUGAUUCUAAAUUGAAUAAUGGUGAUAUAGUGGAAAAACGAAACGGGAAAAAGUCCGCUUAGAACGAAAUUAUUUGAUUCUUUUUUUCAAUAAAACUGUAUACAUAUUUAUUUAUGUAUGUGUACAAUUAAACGUCUAUUUAUGAAUUCUACAAUUAAAAUGCAAAUAAAAAUAUUUAUAUUUAUCAUA